GUCAAAUGCUGUCAAGAUGAGCCUCUUCGUCAGGCAAACGUGGGCGUUGGUCCGCAAGAACCUGAUCCUCAUUUGUGCUCGAAGAUACAUAUCGACUUUCAUUCGCGCCAUUGCAAUUCCCUUAGCCGUUGUCCUUCUCGUCGCUUAUAGCAAAAUAUUCUUCAGGUCCGCUACUUUCUGGGGAAUCUCAGAUACACACACAAUCCGGUCGUUCAAAGAUGGCCUUGCCGCGAGCUCUGAGCACUCCAUCGUUGGUUUCGUUGAUGGGGGGAUGAAAGGCGAUGUCGCCACGGUCAUCAAGUCUCUAUCACAAACGGUCUCUGAUGCGGGGAAAACCCCAAUUACCUUCAAUAGCACCCAAGAUCUUGCACAGAUGUGCCAAAGUGUGUACAAUGGAGCUUCCAAGUGUUUCGGAGCCGCUGUCUUCCUAUCGAGUGCUACCCAAGGAACCCAGAAUAGCUCCAGGGGAACAUGGAACUACACCAUUCGAGGCGACCAGGGAGUAUUGGGUGGCAUCGUCGACGUAAGGACCGAUAAGUAUGGCCCCGAGGUCUAUCUCCUACCCUUCCAACGCGCCAUCGACGAGGCCAUUAUUUCGUUAUCGAACCCUGGUGGACAAAACAGCAACGCCACGAAGCUUCCCGAGACCCUCAAAGACAUUGUCUUCACGACCUAUCCCCAGUCCAGGUUAUCGGAGAUCAGGGAUAACAACUAUCUCGAGUUCUGCGUCAACCUUUUCGGGGCCCUCUUCGUCUUCUCCAUGAUCGGACUCGUGUAUCAUCUUACCACGCAUGUCGCUACCGAGCGUGGGCUGGGUAUGUCAGGCCUCAUCGACACUAUGAUCCCAGGUGGAUCGGCCAUCAAGGCCCGACUCAUUCGACAGAUCUCGACCUAUAUUUCGUUCGCAAUGAUAUACCUUCCGAGCUGGCUCGCUAUAGGAAUCGUCGUCAGCACGGUCGUGUUCCCUGAAUACUCUCGAGGAAUCCCGGUCGGAUACCACAUCUUCUCUGGACUCGCGUUCACGUCUUUCUCCCUCCUCGGUGCCUCCUUUUUCAAAAAGGCCCAGUUGAGUGGUGCCAUCAUGUGCGUCAUCACGCUCGUCUUCGCCUUCUUACCCCAAACUUUAGCCAAGCAGAAGCGUAGCACGGUCAUCGCCUUCAGUCUUCUGUUCCCAAGCGCCAACUACACAUACUUCAUCACCGGACUCGCUGUCUGGGAAUUGCAAGCCACCAAGGUCGACAUGAUGGCCGAGAUCCCGGACAACGAUCAGAUCAGAUGGCGAAUCCCUCUGUACUUGCAUUGGAUCUUUCUCAUCAUCCAGAUCGUGCUUUAUCCGAUCCUAGCAUUCGUCGUCGAGCACUUCAUGUUCUCCACGGCGUCUGGAAACCGUAAAUUCGUGAUCCCGCAGAGCGAAAGGGAGCCUGCUGUUGUGCUUUCUGGCUUCUGCAAAACGUAUACUCCCUCGCUGUUCAAGAAGAUCUUCACUGGCAUGAAGGAGGACGUCCAUGCUGUGGUGGAUCUGACCUUCAAUGCUUACCGUGGUCAAAUCCUGUGCUUGUUAGGACCCAAUGGUAGUGGAAAGUCUACCACCCUGAACUCGAUUUCGGGUGAAUCGAAAGUGACGUCCGGAAUGAUUUCCAUCGAUCCCAGGGGUGGCCUCGGUUAUGCCCCGCAAGCUAAUGUUAUCUGGUAUGUGCCCGAACUCACCGUCGAAGAACACAUCCGAAUCUUCAGCGAUCUGAAGUGCACCGCCACUGUAAACGAAGAAGUCAUUUCCGAGCUUGUCCGAAGCUGUGAUCUCGAGAAGAAGCUGCCCGCAAAAGCCAGCACGCUAUCCGGAGGACAGAAGCGAAAACUACAACUUGCGAUGAUGUUUGCUGGAGGCAGUGCUGUCUGCUGCGUCGACGAAGUGUCUACUGGUCUCGAUCCCAUCUCCCGACGCAGGAUCUGGGAGAUUCUUCUCGCUGAACGUGACCGACGUACUAUUAUCAUGACGACACAUUUCUUGGACGAGGCGGACUUCUUGGCUGAUCACAUCGCGAUCAUGUAUAAGGGUUCCUUGAGGGCUGAAGGUACGGCCGCCACAUUGAAACAUACAUUCGGAAAUGGUUAUACUGUUAAGAUUCCCCAGGCGAUUGACUUGGAUAUUCGGAUUUCUGGCCCCAUCGAAAGGGAGAUUACGAGGCAUCAGAUGGUCUUCCGUGUCGCCUCACCUGCACUUGCUGCCGAGUUGGUCGAGCAGUUGCAACGACACAACGUCCCUGACUACCAAGUCUCUGGUCCCACGAUGGAAGAACUGUUCCUCAAAGUUACUGGAAAUACCAUGCAGGAUGCUCAGGCCACCGCAAUGCCCGAGGAGAAGAAGAAGUCAAAGAAGAAGGGCAAGGAAGCCGUUGUCAUCGAGGAAACACCAGAACAUGUUGUGGUGGACAUGAACCAGAACUACGAGCUGACCAGUGGUCGACCUAUCUCUGCCUUCAAGCAGUGGUACAUUCUCUACCGCAAGCGUUUCCGUAUCUUGCGUCGUCGCUUCAUCCCCUACUUUGUCGCCCUCGCUAUCGCUCUUGUUGGUGCCGGAGUCGCGCCAUUUCUUAUCAAGAAGAUGGACAAACCUAUGGCAUGCCCCGACCCCAACGUCGGCACAUUCGACUCUGAUUACCGAUACGAUCUGAGCAAAUCCACAGCGCACAAUUUUGUCAUCGGACCAAGCAGACUAGUAACAGAUCGCAAGCUGCAGCAGAUUGUUGACCUUUACCCGCGAGGCCUUACCGGCAACGAAUACGAUGGAUACACCGAUUCCGGCUUUGACAAUCUUGCGGAUCUCAAGAAGCAAUUGAUCAUGGUCGACACUCGCGACGAGUUCACCGGCUACGUCAAGGACAGACAGGCUUACGCAGCUGCACACCCUCUGGAACCCAUUGAUCGACCUGCGGAUGCCGGACUCUGGCUCGACGAGAACGAUCCGACGGUGAUGAUCCUAGCUGGAGAUUACGACUAUCGCUUCAUAGCUGGGACGAUGAACUUUUUCAACAUGAUGCUGAGCAACGUGAAGAUAUCGGCCGGAUUCUACAAUUUCGCGUACAACGCUUUGCCUGUCAUGUACAAAUUCGAUCCUCUCAUCUUUACGGUCUACUAUGGCAUCCUCCUAUGCGCCUAUCCGGCUUUCUUCGCGCUCUACCCUACCAAUGAACGACUCUCGAACGUGCGGUCUAUGCAAUAUUCCAACGGCAUUCGACCUCUUCCCCUAUGGAGCUCGCAUCUUGCCUUCGACAGCAUAUUGGUUGCACUCUCAUCUGCCGUCGCCACGGUGUUACUCUACAACUCCACGCCUAUCUGGGUCGGCUUGGGUUACAUCUUCGUUAUCAUGUUCCUCUACGGCACGGCAUCUGCGCUGUUCAGUUACUUGGUUUCCAUGUUCGCCAAGUCUGCCGUGACAGCUUGGUUCAUCUGCGCAUUGUACCAGUUGAUCAUGUACUUCGCAUACUUCGGUGGUCUCCUCGGUGUGACGUCUACUGUGGAAUGGACCGAGCUCGAAGCUGAGAUGAACAGUCUCUUUUUCGGUAUGGCCAUCUUCUCGCCCGCGAUCAGCCUUCAAAGGGCAUUCGAUAUCGGGUUGGGUCAGUUCGCAACUCUCUGCAAUGGCCACUCGUAUUCCUCUCUCAAAUUGUUUGGUGGACCGAUCCUGUACCUCGUUAUCCAGAAUGUUCUGUUCUUUGUAAUUCUGUUAUGGUGGGACAGCUCUUUCGCCAUCCCAGCCUUCGGUAAGAAAACGAUCAUCCACGACUCCGAGAAGACCGAGAUGCAGACGGGUGAUCUGAUGGAAGAGCUCAAACGCCUUCGAUCCCACAACACCGAUCUUCACGUCGAGAAUGUUAGCAAGUCUUUCGGCAAGAACCUCGCAGUCGACCACGUCACCUUCGGCGUGCAAACAUCCGAGAUCUUUGCGCUCCUCGGACCAAACGGUGCAGGAAAAUCCACCAUCAUCUCCAUGAUCAGAGGAGACCUCCGCCCCUCUACAUCCUCCUCCAGCAUCACCAUCGCCGGCCACUCAAUCACGUCCUCGCCCAUCGCCGCCCGUUCCAACCUCGGCGUAUGCCCGCAAUUCGACUCCGCCGACGUCCUCACCGUCGCAGAAACCCUCCGCUUCUUCGCCAGAACCCGAGGCGUCAUCGACGUAGAACACAACGUGAAGACCGUCAUCGCGGCCUGCGGCCUCGGCCCCUGGACCAACCAACUAGCCCAAAAGCUCUCCGGAGGCACGAAGCGCAAGCUCUCCCUCGCCGUCGCCCUCGUCGGCAACCCGCGCGUCCUCGUCCUCGACGAACCCUCCAGCGCCCUCGACGCCAACGCAAAGCGAAACAUGUGGCGUACCCUGCAAACCGUGUCUCGCGGGCGCGCGCUGGUCCUCACGACGCACUCCAUGGAGGAAGCCGACGCCCUCGCCGACCGCAUCGGCAUCGUGUCGUCCCGCAUGCUUGCCAUCGGCGAGCGGGAGGCGCUCAAGAAGCGCGCGGGAGACUCCUUCCAUAUCCACCUCGUCGCGCGCUCCGCGCCGCGCACCACCCAGCAGGAACUCGAUAUCAUGAGGCAGUGGAUCAACUACGCGUUCCCGGAUGCGAAGAUCAGCCGUGAGACUCAGGGCGGGCAGAUCCGCUUCGAGAUCCCGGCUGAGGGCCGCGAUCUGGUCGGCUUGACUAGGGCGCUAGAGUUCGUGAAGGGGGAUCUGGGGAUCGAGUUCUACAGUGUCGGUAAGGCUACGCUGGAUGAGGUGUUCGAGAAUAUUGUUAAGAACUAUGGGGAUUACUCGAGAGAUGCGUACUAAAAGGGCUUUGAGCCAAAGGCCAAAAUCCCGUUAUUGGUUUUCUUAUUUCUUUUGUCAUGAUACCUUCCUUCGAGGCGUUCAAGCAUGUAUUUGGGUUAAGAUUCCCCGGAUCGAUUCUUGGGACGGCCACACCAUUUUGUAGAACAGAAAUACCCAUAUAGUAAAAUACACAUCGACGAUACGUACGUAUCA